AUGUUAGGAACGGACACUGGAAAAGCACGCCACAUAAAAAUUGAAAUUCUAAAUGGUGGUGAGUAUGAGGCUUUGUUAAAUUCAGGAAGACUCAGUCUGUUAGGGGCAAGUUACAACGUGGAUGAAUUUUUGGCUGCACCAAAAAUUUUACUUUGUGGAAGAUGUAAUCAAGGAGGACACAUCAAAAAAUUUUGUCAACAAUCAAAAUUCGACAUUUGUAGACGCUGUGGUGGGGUUCGAACUCAUCUACAAGAUCAUCGAGACUGUCAGAUAAAAUGUCACCACUGCGGUGGUGACCACGAAUCAACUAGCUACAAAUGUCAGUAUAUUUCGGACUUUCGCUAUCAAUUGAUUCAAAAGCUGAGGGAACAUCCGGAAAAACUUCCACCUCAGGUUCAACUUUUCAUUCCAACAGAAUUCAGAGAAAAAAACGACCGUCAGAAAACAAUCGUUAAUAAAAAUGCACGAAAUGAAAGACCGCUUCGUCAACAACAGCAACAAUUUAACAAAACAGAUUCAGAUUCACGUGCAUGGCCCGGUUGGAAUUCUACAACUACAGGGCCGUCUUCUUCCAUUUCUCAGGCUGAUGAGCUAAUUAAGUCCUUCACACAGCGAUUAGAUGAAAUGGAAAAGCGUCAUGAAACAGAAAAUCGAUUAGCACAAGAAAGAUACGAAGCUGAAAAAAUGAGAAUUGAAAUAAAAUAUAAGCUACACAUUGAGUCCUUGAGUAAAGCGUGGUUAUUAACAGAUCAAACUCAAGAAAUGCAACAGAGAAUUAUUUCAAAAACAACCACCGCAACAAGAGAAGCAUUCACUUCAAUCAUCGAAAUGGCAGAAGCUUUAGCCGGAACAGUAAAUGAAUUGAAAAAACAAUCCGGUACUGAGGUGUUUGAUGGCUGGCUUCACUUAAUUCAAACUCAUCGAAAUCAGCUGAAAGGAACACAUGUCCGUUACAACGAACAACUGAAAGAAAUGGAAUCCUUUCAGUCUGAGUACAAUGCUUCCAAGAAAAAUGCUCUUCUAACUUUAUUCAGCUCUAAUAAUGUGUAG